AUCACCGAAGAAGAAGAAAAAGUAAAGAGGCACCUCUGGCACACGCAUUUACAUUUGACAGCUGUCGAAGAAGAGAGACGGAGUUAUUAACUGGGAAAGUUGACACAGAACGAGAAGAGAGAGCAAAGUGCACAAGGCGAUGGAUCACUGUGUGGCUGACCUCCCCAGGGGCCCCCUGGACUUCUACAGGCAAAAAGCUUCUUUCAACUGGAAGGACAUGCUCCUCUUCUUCGAGGGAGAGGACAUCCUGGCAUUCAAGCAACACGUGUUCAAUGCACUUGAGGGUGACCCUGUGUUUGCGCGUCAGCCCGGGGAAGACGUCCCUCUAGAGAAAAUGAGAGAGCUGACCUUCCUCAGGGUGAAGCAGCUUUUCCGCUACGACUUCCUGACGAGAGACGAGGUGAUGGCGAACCCCUGGAAGACGGUGGUUCUCAGUGAUUGUCUGGGCAUGUAUGACUGGGCCAUGUCGGCCAAGUACUUCCUCAACAAAGGGAUGUUCGGAGCGACUAUUGCCAACGCAGGAUCGGGAAGACACAGGAAGUUUGUCGAAAAUACCGAAAACAUGACGACGUACGGUUGCUUUGCACUGACCGAGCUGAGCCACGGCAGCAACACCAGAGCCAUGAGGACCACAGCAACUUAUGACCCCGCCACCCAGGAGUUUGUGAUAACCUCUCCGGACUUUGAGGCCGCCAAGUUCUGGGUGGGGAACCUGGGCAAGACGGCAACUCACGCCAUGGUGUUCGCUCAGCUCUACACACUGGACCAGGUGUGCCACGGCCUGCACUCCUUCAUUGUGCCGGUGAGAGAUCCCAAGACCCUGUUGGCUGUGCCUGGUGUGCUGGUUGGAGACAUGGGCAAGAAGCUGGGCCAGAACGGACUGGACAACGGGUUCGCUUUGUUUCACAAUGUGAGGAUCCCUCGGGAGAAUCUGCUGAACAAGACUGGAGAUGUGACUCCCGAUGGCCGCUACGUGACUCCAUUCAAGGAUCCCAACAAGCGUUUCGGGGAGUCUCUUGGUGCCCUGUCUGGGGGAAGAGUGUCCAUCACCAGGAUGGCUCUGGUCAACCUGAAGCUGGCUCUGAUUGUCGCCAUCCGCUUCUCAGCCACCAGGAGACAGUUCGGACCCCAAAACACGGAGGAGAUUCCUGUUUUAGAGUACCAGUUACAGCAAUGGCGUCUCAUCCCGUACCUGGCAGCAGCAUACGCUCUGGAACACUUCUCCAAAUCCAUCUUCAUGAACUUCGCUGAGUUCCAGCUUGGACAGAUGAUGAGGGAAAAGAGUGCCAGACAAGCAGAGAUGGGCAGAGAGAUCCAUGCCAUCGGCUGCGCCAGUAAACCACUGGGCUCGUGGACCGCUCAGAGGGGAAUCCAGGAGUGCAGGGAGGCAUGCGGUGGUCACGGAUACCUGGCCAUGAACCGGCUGGGUGAUCUGCGUAAUGACAACGAUCCAAACUGCACAUACGAAGGAGACAACAAUGUGUUGCUGCAACAGACCAGCAACUACCUCCUCGGCUGGCUGCAUGCUAAACACAGAGACGCUGUGCGGAUCGAGUCUCCUUUUCACACUGUGGAUUUCCUGAAUGACUUCCACAAGAUCCUGGAAACCAAGUUCACAGCAGGAACAAUGGAGGAAUGCAUGGACUCUGCAGUGCCACUGGCAGCUUAUAAGUGGCUCGUGUGUUUUCUGCUGGAAGAGAGCCGGAGGAGGCUUGAACAGCUGAGGGCCUCGGGGAAGGAUGAGUUUGAGGUCCGGAACAGCAGCCAGGUUUACUACUGCCGUUCCCUGGCCAUCGCCUACAUAGAACUCAACUGCCUCCAGAGGUUUCAUGAUCUGGCCACUGAUGAGGACACACCAGCUGGUCUCAGACCUGUUCUGAGCAAGCUGUGUGCCCUGUAUGGGCUGUGGAGCCUCAGCAGCCACAUGGCCACACUUUACCAGGGUGAGUACUUGAGUGGGAGGAAGCCCACAGAGUUGGUCCAGAUGGCCAUUCUCGCUCUCUGCUCCCAGCUGAAGGAUGAUGCCGUAACAUUGGUGGAUGUUUUCGCACCUUCGGAUUUCAUUCUCAACUCGCCCAUCGGCAAUGCCGAUGGACAGCUGUACAAGAACCUGUGGGCGACAGUCAUGCAGGGCAGCCAGGUGCUGGAGCGGCCUUCCUGGUGGAAAGAGUUCUGCUCAGACAAGCCAGUGGUCGGAUCCCUCCGUCCCAAACUCUAGAAUCUAGUCUAGACCACAAUCCUGGACUGCAACUCUAGACCACAACCCUGGACUACGUGUGAGGGGGGUGUGAAGUGGAAAAUGUGUGUGGCCUUAAAUAACUGUGCAAUUUAUACCUUGUGAUGAUUAUUCUUGCUUGGGGUUCACCAACAUGGAUUCAUUUUUUCACCAGAUGAAUUCAUGAUUUAAAUUGUGUUGUACACAAAUUUGAAAUAACAAAAAAGGAUACAUUUUAAACCUCUUCAGUUUUUUGAGAAAAUCAAGUUCUUCAAAAUAAGGUAAGGGAGCGACUUGAAGGAGCUCCUCAACAAACACUUGUCUUCCCUAAGAUGAUGAACCAUGAUAGGCCAAGAAGACAUUUCAAAUUCAAAUCAUUUGACACAUUGUUUUGGGGGUUUUCAGUUGGACACUUAGAUAUGAUUUGUGUGUCACAGAAAGACCAUAAUCUGCUUUAUUAAAUGUUAUUCCAUAUGGAGAUGAAAUAUGUACCGGUAAUGUAAUAAUUCGUCUGUAAAUUGUGUUCAUCUGUAGAUGCAUAAUCAAUGUUUUGAUAUUUAACACUAUGCCAAAUAAAUAUUUUUAAUAACA